GGCUGGCGCCACCAGAUGGCCGCCCUGGCGGCCCGUGGCUUCCGCGCCGUCGCGCCCGACCUGCGCGGCUACGGCGACUCCGACGUCCCGCCCGCCAAGGACUCCUACACCACCUUCCACCUCGUCGGCGACCUCGUCGCCCUCAUCGCCGACCUCGGGCAGCCCCAGGUGUUCGUGGCGGGCCACGACUGGGGCGCCUACGUGGCGUGGCAGCUCUGCCUGCUCCGGCCAGACCUCGUGCGGGCGCUCGUCAACCUCAGCGUGGAGUACCACCCGCGCCGGUCCGAAGGGACUCCACUCCAGGCCAUCAGGGCCCUUUGCGGGGAAGACCACUACAUGUGCCGUUUCCAGGACCCUGGAGUUGCUGAAGCUGAAUUUGCUCUAUACGACCAUAGAUAUAAGUUUAAGACGAUCCUUGGAAUGCGCAAGGCAGCUCCUAUUAUUCUAUCCAAGGGCAAGACCUUCUUUGAGUCGCUUGAUUCGGAUGGUACCCUCCCUGCAUGGUUGUCUGAAGAAGAUAUUUCCUACUACGCUGAAAAGUUUGAGAAGACAGGGUUUACAGGAGGGCUAAACUUCUACAGAUGCCUGGACUUGAAUUGGGAGCUUUCUGCACCAUGGACUGGAGCUCCAGUAAAAGUACCGACCAAGUUCAUCGUUGGGGACCUGGACCUCACAUACAACACACCGGGGGUGAAAGACUACAUUCACAAGGGUGGCUUCAAGGCGAGCGUGCCGAAUCUGGAGGAUGUGGUUAUCAUGGAUGGAGUGGGUCACUUCCUCAACCAGGAGAAGCCUAAUGAGGUUUCAGAACACAUUUGCGAGUUCUUUAGCAAGUUCUGAAGAUAUAAGCAACGUCUCAGGGAAGCCUAGUUGCUUCGGUGUGUUUAUAUGGUUAUUAUAAUGUUAUUAAUGAUGUCAACUAUACAUACCAUGACAUCUAAAAAAAACUAUACAUACCAUGAAACUAAGCGAGAAGUAUUAUCUGAAUAAAUAAAUUAUGCGAACCUACCUGUGUAUCUAUAUAGCAUUUCUGAAUAUUUUCUGAGGAAA